AUGGACGCUCUCGCUGAACUCCGGACCACCUAUAAACUCGAUACCCUCGACACCCGCUUCACGAACCCGUCCUCGAUCCCCUACAAGACCGUCAUAGAAGCCCGCAAUGACGAGACGGCCAGUACGGAACGAGCUUCCAAGUGGAACGACCGACCGCAGUCCGCGUUAUGGAACACGCCCGAGUUCAUAGUCUACCGCAUCGUUGUCGGCAUGACGAUUGCAGCUAUCUUCUGGAUCGGUUAUCAGGCAUCAAGAACGGACGACCCCAGGUACCCCAAGUAUGAGCCCUGGCUUUCGGAGGGAUGGGUUCCAGGUCGCAAGAUCGACAUUUCAGAUCCCCAAUACAAUACGUUUCGAGUGAACCUGCCUUACAUGGCAGCCCUCCUUGUCUUCCACCCUCUCCUACGACGCCUGUAUAACUCGAUUGUGUAUCCGGUCAAGUCGUGUGGGGAGACGUCGCGGCCGACACUAGAAGAGGCAGACCAGAGGUUAAAUCAGCGGGCGUCGUUCGAUUUCGGAUUCGCCCUUAUAUACCUUGUCGCGCUGCACGGCGUCUCAGCGUUCAAGGUCCUCGCCAUUCUCUAUCUGAACUAUCAGGUUGCGACGAAACUGCCCCGCAAGUAUGUGCCGGCUGCCACGUGGAUCUUCAAUGUUGGGGUGUUGUUCGCAAACGAUCUGGGCAGUGGUUACAGGUUCGAGUAUUUGGCUUCUCUCGUCUCAUCGCCGGCGACUGGUGAAUCACUUCCGGAGUCUGGUGGAACGUUGAUCGCUUGGGGCCAAUGGCUUGACAGCUAUGGCGGACUUAUGGGUCGCUGGGAGAUCCUGUUCAACAUUACUAUCCUGCGUCUGAUCAGCUUCAACUUGGACUAUUACUGGAGUCUGGACAGGCGGAGUUACAGUCCGAUCGAGAAGAAGCAGCUGGACCCAUCCUCCCUAAGUGAGCGAGAUCGUGUUUCCAUCCCCGCGCAAGCAAAGGACUUCUCACUUCGCAAUUACGUUGCCUAUGUCAUCUACGCGCCCCUUUAUCUCACGGGACCAAUCAUCACCUUCAAUGACUUCAUCUCGCAGGCCCGAUAUAAGCCAGCCAGCAUCGAGACGUCGCGGAUUAUCCGUUACGCCGUGCGCUUAGCUCUCACACUGCUGGCAAUGGAAGUGGCCCUGCACUUCGACUAUGUGCAAGCUAUAUCCAAAGCCGAGCCGGUGUGGGGUGAGUACACGGCUGCACAGCUUUGCACGCUCAGCUACUUCAACCUGCACAUGAUCUGGCUGAAGCUGCUGCUGCCGUGGCGGCUCUUCCGGCUCUGGUCAUUGGUCGACGGCAUCGAUCCGCCCGAGAACAUGAUCCGCUGCGUGAGCAACAACUGGAGCACGCUGGCUUUCUGGCGCAGCUGGCACCGCAGUUUUUACCGGUGGUCGAUCCGCUAUAUAUACGUACCACUGGGCGGGUCGAGUUUCCGCACCGGCAAGGAUGCCGCCCGGUCCGUGCUGACGUACAUCCUCGUCUUCACGUUCGUCGCAUUGUGGCACGACAUCCAGAUGAACCUGCUGAUCUGGGGCUGGCUCAUCGUCUUCUUCAUGCUGCCCGAGAUGAUGGCCGGGCUUCUCUUCCCGCGGCGCAAGUGGGAGACGCGGCCCACGGCGUAUCGCAUGAUCUGCUGCAUCGGGGCUGUCUUCAACAUCUUCAUGAUGAUGACGGCCAACCUCGUCGGGUUCGCGUUCGGUAUCGACGGCCUGAAGUCGAUCGUUGCCAGUAUCUUCCAGCACUACAUGGGAUGGGUCUUCAUGGUGGGAGCUUGGCUCUCAUUCUUCGCGGGCGUGCAAGUCAUGUUCGAGGGGCGGGAGAAUGAGAUAAGGCAGGGUAUCAAUAUUAAAUGCUGA